UCAGUGUCAACUGUCCGAACCACAAUCUCACACUGGAUCCUUCCCCCACCCCAGCCCCGUCCCUUCAGGCUCUGUACCCAGAGUCGAAGACAGAGGAAAGGGUUAAUAGCCGCCUCCCUGGAUGACCUUCUAGACCAGGUAAAUGCAUCCUCCUGGGCUACGUUCAGCAGGACAACGUUGUGGAGCGUUCAGAUAUAAAUAUAUAUUUUGCGGAACAAACAUACAUCUGACAUGUAGAAUAAGAAAUCACUUAGUUUGUGCAUUAAUCUUAAGACCGCUAAGUCGCUCUGGAUAGGAGCGUCUGCUAAAUGACUAAAAUGUAAAUGGCUAUAGCUCAAUUCAUGUAAUUUCUAUCUGCAACAUUUGCAUACUGUUUGUGCCGCUGGGGUAUUCACAAUGCCUGACAUUCAACAUGUCAGUUUCUGAAGUAUUCAGAGAGCCAUUUCAUGGGGAUGGAAAAUCAGUCUCUCUAACACGUACAUCAAUUAUUUAGUGGGGGUGUGGUUGAUGUAAGAUGUCACGUAAAAUAAAAAAAAUAAUGUCUAUUUAGAUGAGGAUUGUGAGGUGGAACUUUCUGGUAAUGAUGUCAUCAAGUCCAAGGACAGGUUACAUUACCUUGUGAAGUUAAUAGACACAAAAUUGCAAGCACUGCUACUAGACAGACAACUCUGUAGCCAAAUUUUCAACACAUUUAAUCCACCCCUUGUCUACUGACACUGUUAAGGUGAUGCUGCUUGUUGCAAUUGUUGAGUAACCUCACCCGAGAGACUUGGGGUCUGGAGUGGAGUGAAAUGUUAUAGAAUGUUCAGAUAGAAAUGAUAUGUAGAACAAGUUGUUUCUCGGUCUUAUAGAACAAGGAAUCAUGUCGGCUCUAUACAAGACAUUUCUAUCUGUAGAAUGUUUUACCCUCCUGAACGCAACCCAGUCUCAUGUUGCGCAGAUGGCCUACAGUAUUUGUGAUUCGCAAUUGGAUAUACUUAGUAUGGUUGAUCCUCCAAGGAUGGUCACACCUGGCAUGUCAUCCGUAAAACAGCCGUAAAAGCGCAGUUCUACACAAACACAAAUGUUCAAUGUUACAAUUUUUUAUUGAACGCAUCGUUGUUGCCUACUUUUAGAAUAUUUGUUUUCCUUUUAAAAAAACAAUUACAACAACUUUCAUAUCACAUGAUGAAAAGUGUGUGUGCUUUGAUGCCGGUCCUCCCCAGACAGCAAGUGCCUUCCUGUUGACAUGCCAGUUCCUCAUCCUGGUUCUAGAGGAGGAUGGGACAGUGGUGGACUCUGAGGCCUUCUUCCAGUCCCUGGCCGCCAACACUCCGGUCAUGGUCCUGCAGAAGGGAGAGAUGUGGACUCGGGUACGCACACACACAGUCAGAAGCCAAAACGUUUGUAUGCUAGGCAUACUGUUGCCUUUGAAAAAGCGUUAGAAGAUCACUAUCUGCUGCAACUUCAAAUCAAGUGAGGGCUGGCCAUUGCUUACUUCUCUGUUUUAGGACUGUGGCUUUUACAAUUUAGUUAGGAUUUUCGGAUGUCAUAUGUUUAUCAAUUGUGGAGACUUGCUGUAUUAUCACACACCACAAGAGGGCCACACUGUCACAUCAAACCAGGGAUCUCUGUCUGGUUCCGGAGAGCUACUGUGUGUGCACAGCAGGCUUUUGUUCCAACCCAGCACUGACCCCUGACUCAAAGCAGCAAGGUCCAGACUGAGCACAAUUAUUUAUUGGUGAUUGUUCUUAGACCAGCACUUUUCUAUUUCUGUCCUGGAGUGUCAAGACACUUCUCUUUUUUUUUCUUUUCAACUGUAAAUUAACUGUAGUCCAUUGCACUAUCCAGGCUCCCGAGUGGCGCAGUGGUCUAAGGCACUGCAUCUUAGUGCUUGAGGCGUCACUACAGACCCCCUGGUUCGAUUCCAGGCUCUAUCACAACUGGCCGUGAGUCCUAUAGGGCGGCGCACAAUUGGCCCAGUGUCGUCCGGGUUUGGCUGGUGUAGGCCGUCAUUGUAAAUAAGAAUUUGUUCUUAACUGACUUGCCUAGUUAAAUAAAAUAAAAAAUCAUACAGUAACUUCAGAAAGUCUUCACACCCCUUGACUCUUUCCACAUAUUGUUACAGCCUGAAUUUAAAAUUAAUUACAUUUAGAAUUUUGCCACUUAUCUACACACAAUACCUCAUAAUGUCAGAGUGGAACUACACUACCAGUCAAAAGUUUGGACACACCUACUCAUUCAAGAGUUUUUCUUUAUAUUUACUAUUUCUUACAUGUGUAGAAUAAUAGUGAAGACAUCAAACUAUGAAAUAACACACAUGGAAUCAUGUAGUAACCAAAAAAGUGUUAAACAAAUCAAAAUAUAUUUGAAAUUCUUCAAAUAGCCACCCUUUGCCUUGAUGACAGCUUUGCACACUCUUGGCAUUCUCUCAACCAGCUUCACCUGGAAUGCUUUUCCAACUGUCUUGAAGGAGUUCCCACAAAUGCUAAGCACUUGUUGGCUGCUUUUCCUUCACUCUGCCGUCCGACUCAUCCCAAACCAUCUCCAUUGGGUUGAGUUUGGGGGAUUGUGGAGGCCAGGUCAUCUGAUGCAGCACCCCAUCACUCUCCUUGGUAAAAUAGCCCUUACACAGCCUGGAGGUGUGUUGGGUCAUUGUCCUGUUGGAAAAACAAAUGAUAGUCCCACUAAGCCCAAACCAGAUGGGAUGGUGUAUUGCUGCAGAAUGCUGUAGUAGCUAUUCUGGUUAAGUGUGCCUUGAAUUCUAAAUAAAUCACAGACAGUGUCACCAGCAAAGCACACCAUAACACCUCCAUGCUUUAAGGUGGGAAAUACACAUGCGGAGAUCAUCCGUUCACCCACAUCGCGUCUCACAAAGACACAGCGGUUGGAACCAAAAAUCUCAAAUUUGGACUCCUGACCAAAGGACACAUUUCCACUGGUCAAAUGUCCAUUGGUCGUGUUUCUUGGCCCAAGCAGGUCUCUUCUUAUUGGUGUCCUUUUAGUUUUUCUUGCAGCAAUUCGACCAUGAAGGCAUGAUUCACACAGUCCCCUCUGAACAGUUGAUGUUGAGUUGUCUGUGACUUGAACUCUGUGUAGCAUUUAUUUGGGCUGCAAUUUCUGAGGCUGGUAACUCUGAUUCAACGUUUUAACUUUUGUUUUGGUUACUACAUGAUUCCAUGUGUUAUUUCAUUGUUUUGAUAUCUUCACUGUUAUUCUACAAUGUAGAAAAUAGUACAAAUAAAGAAAAACCCUUGAAUGAGGAGUUGUCAACUUUUGACUGGUACUGUAUGCUUUUAGACAAAUUAAUUAAAUGAAAAGCUGAAAUGUCUUUAGUCAAGUCUUCAACCAUUUUUGUUAUGGCAAGCCUAAAUAAGUUCAGGAGUAAAAAUUUGCUAAACCAGUCGCAUAAUAAGUUGCAUGGACUCACUGUGCAAUAACGGCAUUUUUAAAUGACCACCCCAUCUCUUGUACUCCACACAUAUUAUCUGUAAGGUCCCUCAGUCGAGCAGUGAAUUUCGAGCACAGAUUCAAACACACAGACCAGGAAGGUUUUCCAAGGUUCACAAAGAAGUGCACCAGACAUUGAAUAUCCCUUCGAGCAUGGUGCAGUUAUUAAUUACACUUUGGAUGGUGCUUCAAUACAACCAGUCACUACAAAGAUACAGGCGUCCUUCCUAACUCAGUUGCCGGAGAGGAAGGAAACUGCUCAGGGAUUUCACCAUGAGGCAAAUGGUGACUUUAAAACAGUUUAAUGGCUGUGAUGGGAGAUAACUGAGGAUGGAUCAACAACAUUGUAGUUAAUUCACAAUACUAACCUAAAUGACAGUGAAAAGGAAGCCUGUACAGAAUAAAAAUAUUCCAAAACAUGCAUGCUGUUUGCAAUGAGGCACUAAAGUAAUACUGCAAAACAUGUGGCAAAGAAAUUUACUUUUUGUCCUGAAUACAAAGCGUUUUGUUUAGAGAAAAUCCAACAUCACUGAGUACCACUCUUCAUCUUUUUCAAGCAUGGUGGUGGCUGCAUUAUGUUAUUGUUAUGCUUGUAAUUGGCAAAGACUAGGGAGUUAAUUUUUGGACAGAAAGAAACCGAACGUUGUUUUAGAGAAUUUAGCAGUAUCUCCAACUGUGGUUUGCUGAUGUCAAUGUUGUGAACAGAGUACACCAUGGUGGCGGUGGGGAUAUGGUAUGGGCAGACAUAAGCUACGAACACAAUUGCAUUUUAUCUAUGGAAAUUUGAAUUCACAGAAAUACCGUGACGAGAUCCUGAGGGCCAUUUCUUUUAAGGUAUCUGUGACCAACAAAUGCAAGUCGGUAUUCCCAGUCGUGAAAUCCAUAGAUUAGGGCCUAAUGAAUUCAUUUCAAUUGACUGAUUUCCUCAUGAACUGUAACAUCUUUGAAAUUGUUGCGUUUUUGUUCAGUAUACAUUUGAGUUGCUUACCAAGACAACGUUGAAUGUUCCUGAGUGGCCGAGUUAGUUUUGAUUUUAAAUCGGCUUGAAAAUCUAUGGCAAGACUUGAACAUGGCUGUCUAGCAAUGCUCAACAACCAAUUUGACAGAGCUUGAAGAAUUUCUAAAAGAAUGGGCAAAUAUUGUACAAUCCAGGUAUGCGAAGAUCUUAGAUUUACCCAGAAACUCACAGCUGUAAUCGCUGCCAAAGGUGAUGCUAACAUGUAUUGACUCAGGGGGUUCAAGACUUAUUAGUGUUUUAUAGAUUCUGUGUUUUUUUGCCACUGACAGUAUUUUGCGUGAUUGACAAAUCAAUUUUAAUCCCACUUUGUAACACAACAAAAUAUGGAAAAAGUCAAGGUGUGAAUACUUUCUGCAGGCACUGUCUAAAUCAUGCCUUGAUUAGAGGGAAGAAUGAACCAUAAGUGUAACUCACCUAGAGGGCCAGAUUUUAAUAGCCCUGUCUUAGACUGACCUUUGUCCAUUCUUGUACAGGUCCUCCCAAGUUCCAUCCAGCCCAGGAGAAAUGGAAUCUGUAAAUUGGUUUUUGACCUGUACAAGUUGAACCCCAAGGACUUCAUCGGGUGUCUAACCAUCAAAGUGUCUCUUUAUGAAAUCUACACACUGUCAUACGACUUCCAAUGCACCAGGGCCAAGAUUAUCUUGAAGUGAGUACAUUACUACUACACCAUCUCUCGAGGGGAAAUUAAUGGGGGCUGGGUUUUUAAAUGUCAGGUGAAGUAGACUGAUUUACGUUUCUAUAGGCACUGGUCAAAAUGUUCAAUAUUUUUGCAGAGAAAUAUACAGUGAGGGGGAAAAAGGAUUUGAUCCCCUGCUGAUUUUGUACGUUUGCCCAUGACAAAGAAAUGAUCAGUCUAUAAUUUUAAUGGUAGGUUUAUUUGAACAGUGAGAGACAGAAUAACAACAAAAAAAUCCAGAAAAAGUCAUGUAAAAAAUGUUAUAAAUUGAUUUGCAUUUUAAUGAGGGAAAUAAGUGUUUGACCCUGCUGCAAAACAUGACUUAGUACUUGGUGGCAAAACCCUUGUUGGCAAUCACAGAAGUCAGAUGUUUCUUGUAGUUGGCCACCAGGUUUGCACACAUCUCAGGAGGGAUUUUGUUCCACUCCUCUUUGCAGAUCUUCUCCAAGUCAUUAAGGUGUCGAGGCUGACGUUUGGCAACUCGAACCUUCAGCUCCCUCCACUGAUUUUCUAUGGGAUUAAGGCCUGGAGACUGGCUAGGCCACUCCAGGACCUUAAUGUGCUUCUUCUUGAGCCACUCCUUUGUUGCCUUGGCUGUGUGUUUUGGGUCAUUGUCAUGCUGGAAUACCCAUCCACGACCCAUUUUCAAUGCCCUGGCUGAGGGAAGGAGGUUCUCACCCAAGAUUUGAUGGUACAUGGCCCCGUCCCUUUGAUGCGGUGAAGUUGUCCUGUCCCCUUAGCAGAAAAACACCCUCAAAGCAUAAUGUUUCCACCUCCAUGUUUGAUGGUGUUCUUGGGGUCAUAGGCAGCAUUCCUCCUCCAAACACGGCGAGUUGACUUGAUGCCAAAGAGCUCCAUUUUGGUCUCAUCUGACCACAACCCUUUCACCCAGUUCUCCUCUGAAUCAUUCAGAUGUUCAUUGGCAAACUUCAGACGGCCCUGUAUAUGUGCUUUCUUGAGCAGGGGGACCUUGCAGGCGCUGCAGGAUUUCAGUUCUUCACGGCGUAGUGUGUUACCAAUUGUUUUCUUGGUGACUAUGGUCUCAGCUGCCUUGAGAUCAUUGACAAGAUCCUCCCGUGUAGUUCUGGGCUGAUUCCUCACCAUGAUCAUUGCAACUCCACGAGGUGAGAUCUUGCAUGGAGCCCCAGGCCGAGGGAGAUUGACAGUUCUUUUGUGUUUCUUCCAUUUGCGAAUAAUCGCAUCAACUGUUGUCACCUUCUCACCAAGCUGCUUGGCGAUGGUCUUGUAGCCCAUUCCAGCCUUGUGUAGGUCUACAAUCUUGUCCCUGACAUCAUUGGAGAGCUCUUUGGUCUAGGCCAUGGUGGAGAGUUUGGAAUCUGAUUGAUUGCUUCUGUGGACAGGUGUCUUUUUUUUUAUACAGGUAACAAGUCGAGAUUAGGAGCACUCCCUUUAAGAGUGUGCUCCUAAUCUCAGCUCAUUACCUGUAUAAAAAACACCUGGGAGCCAGAAAUCUUUCUGAUUGAGAGGGGGUCAUACAUACUUCCAUCAUUAAAAUGCAAAUCGAUGUAUAACAUUUUUGACAUGCGUUUUUCUGGAUUUUUUUGUUAUUCUGUCUCUCUGUUCAAAUAAACCUACCAUUAAAAUUAUAGACUGAUCAUUUCUUUGUCAGUGGGCAAAUGUACUAAAUCAGCAGGGGAUCAAAUACUUUUUUCCCUCACUGUACAAUGUCGGCAGGUCAUUGGGUCCUCUUGUGUUUUUGUUUGUUUAUUCCCACUGGGCACAGAUGUCAGUUAAACGUCUAGUUUUGAUUUACAUUUAAUGGAGUUGGCAACUUAUGUGAAUUCAAAGUGAAACCAACAAGAAAUUGAACCAUGUCAUUGGACUAAUGUUAAAAUAUAAAUAUAUAUAUAUUUUUUUUUUUUUUUGCCAAUUUUCUACGUCAUCAGAUGGGACCAUUUUUGGUGUUUAAAUGACAUGGAAACAAUGUUUAUUCUACCAGUUUGUGUCGUGUUGGUUGGCUGCAAGGAUCUCUUGAGAUUCCACUUGUUUUUUAACGUGAACAAGUUGUGGCUUACAAAUGGGUCUUCACUGAACAAGUUCUGAGAUAUCAGAAUAUGUGCUUUGACUGCUUCAGGAAGUUUUCAGCUCUCCCUUUUCACAUUCUCUUUAGAUCUCUUCUGCGUUGUCUGACAUAUGUGGCGAGGGUGGCGGGGCAGCUGCUUCUGUGUGGUUCCUCAUACAUACUGCAGUACAUUGGGGAUGACGACUACAAGGGCAUGACCAAAGUCCAAGGCCCUGUUUUGAGCGCUUUAAAAUGCACCAGGUGACAAGUGUCCAGGGCCUCUUGAAUGCCAUUUGUCUCACUAAGAAAUGGGGAAAAUUCCUUCAUGAGAUGCAUGUAGGCCUUGUUACGGGCUGGUUUAGUUGAGCCAUUGCAAAUGUAUGUAAAACAAUGUUGAUGAAACACAUCAAAUAAAAGCACUGCCCUGCUGGAGGAGGAUGUAAAUACAAUAUAUGCACAUUUCUACUACGGGCAACAACCCAACUUGCAUUAAUCUCUAGUUGGGAUUUGGCCCACAUGGUGAUUUUUUUAUUUUUUUAAAGUUGAAAAACAAAAUAAAAAAUCUGGUUGGCCUCUGUAGCAAAAGAUCAAUGUUCUUAAACUAGCCCUUGAAAUCUGGAUGGCUUCAUUGUGUCAUUGUAUGUUUUUAAACCGUGGGGGUUCGGGUGAGAAGCAUGCCUGACAUGUUGCUUGGAUUGACUUGAUAUUGUCUGUUUUAGUGGUUCCAUUCCCCAUUAGAAGAAUGGCAAUCUACUAGGCUGAAUCUCAAGUCUUUCCUUGAUUCCUCGCAUCUUCUAAAAUCGCAUUGGAGGAGAAGAUCACCUCAGAUAUUGUCCUCAAUGAAUUUUGAGGAAUUGAGGGAAGACUAUGGCCCAACGCUAGGUAGCCUAGCAUUGGGCCAGUAACCGAAAGGUCGAUGGUUCGAAUCCUUCAGCUGACUAUCUGUCAAUGUGCCCUU